CCUAAAGAGAAACCUCACAGAGCAAAGCAUUAUUGUUAGUGUUUGCCAAGGACAGUUAGCAAGCACGGGCGACGCGAGAGUUUAGCAUGGCGACGGGAAUAUUGAAAUUUCUCGUCGUCGCACUCCUUGCUGUGACGUUGUCAAAUUCCCAUCAUAACUGACAGUGACAAUGACAACUGCCAGACUUGGGUCCAGUACCCAACGACCGGGCAGAUGGGGCCGUGGUAGUCCUGGGGAUGAUAAACUCAGGAUGACAUCAGAACAUCUGAUGACAAGCCGAUUGUCGCGUCAAGGCCAUCGAGAAAAUGGACCAGAUGCGACAAGACGCUGAUGCCAGCAACAUGACCGGCAUGGUGUUCAUGACAGUUGUUGGCCAAAAUGUUUUCUCGGACACAUGGAAUCAAACUGAUGACAUUUUCGAGGAACAUCAGCCUGGUCUGUUAUCUGCCAUCUUCGAUCACCAGACAAGUGGCAUAUUUGUUUAUAACCGCUGCGGUAGUCGGGUGGGGGAGCUGCAGUUGUUUCCAUUGGUGCCGUUAGAUCCUUCGGAAGUGGAGAAUGAAUGGAAAAUCAUCUCAAAGGCCUACAACAAGUGCCCGCAAUGCAACAAACCAGCGCCAACACCUCAACCUCAAGACGAGACAAAUUCCGCUCCACAGUAGUUCACAUCCGUAGAAAUGAAUUUUGUAGGGUUUUUCAUUUGAAAGCUAAAUUAAAUAUCAUAAUAACUGAACGUAAUUGCUGCUGUUAGUUAUAUCCCAUUAGAAAUAACUUGUACUUGAUAACUUAAGGUAAAUUGAGAACCUGAUUUUAGUGUUUACAAACUUGUUCUAAAGCGUUUUUCAGUUGAUUGUCGUGGAAUCAAAACUUUUGGCUCAUCACUAAUAGAAACGUAAUGAGGGAAUCAGAUCUCUGAAGCAAAAACCUGCAACCCGCACCAAGCGCGGGAAAAAGCACGCGCCAAGCCACUAUUAGUCACCACCUGAUUGGUUAAAAUAAAACAGAAUCUUGUAACUGAUUGGUUGAAGCACUUUCUUAGACAGUCAGUUGAAAACCGUGCUUUGAAUAGAAACAAAUACUUAAAUUAGAUUUUUGAUUCAAGGAUAGGAUAGGAUACUUAUUUAAAGUCUUCAAAAUGAAGUAGUUUCUUUUUACCAUUGUUAUUUUGUUUCUUUGUUUACCUGGAAAGAAUCAUAUUACCUUUCCAUUACGAUACAAGCGCAGAAUGUAGGAGAGAGAAAGUCUUUAGUUCCAGUUUUAGAAAACAUGAUGAUUAAUGAUAAACAAGCGGCAAAAAGUUUAAACUGUUUGUUUUGAUGUGUGUUCAUCAAUUUCUGUCUGAGAGCAGAGAAACAGAACAUUUCAUUACGAGUUAACCGGCUGGUUUGUAUGACAAGCUUGCAGCAAAGAUUAUUUGUAAGUUUUUGAAUUUUUUUUACCAGUCUACUCGCACAUGAAAGGAACGAGAUUUGAGAAAGAACUUUGUGCUUCGGUGUUAUGUUGUGAAAGAGGUAAUAAAAUCGAUUCUCAUAAAA